AUGAAGUACUUGGUGUUUGUCCUCCUGGUGGCUGCCGCUUGCGCUUCUGAGGUGAAGCGAGAGGCGGAGCCAAGCACAGGCUACCUUUAUCAUCCUUAUGGUGGCCACCACACCGCCUACUCCCAUGCCCGUCGCUACCAUCCACUUCACAAGAGGUCCGCUGAGGCAGAGGCCGACCCCUCUAACCUAUACUAUCCUGGAUAUCCCCGCAACUAUCAGUACAGCUACCCAUCAUACCACCACCACAAGAGAUCUGCUGACCCCGCAGCCGAGACUGAACCCAGCUACAGGCCCACCUCCUACCACCACCACUCCUACACCCCAUACCAACACACCCAUACUCUGUACGUGAACCACCCUCACAAGAGGUCAGCCGAACCAUCUACCAUCUACCACCACCACACCCCCUACAACCCCUACGUGAACCACCCUCACAAGAGGUCAGCCGAGCCCUCUACCAUCUACCACCACCACACCCCCUACAACCCCUACGUGAACCACCCUCACAAGAGGUCAGCCGAACCAUCUACCAUCUACCACCACCACACCCCCUACAACCCCUACGUGAACCACCCUCACAAGAGGUCAGCCGAGCCCUCUACCAUCUACCACCACCACACCCCCUACAACCCCUACGUGAACCACCCUCACAAGAGGUCAGCCGAACCAUCUACCAUCUACCACCACCACACCCCAUACAACCCCCACGUGCACCAUCCUCACAAGAGGUCAGCCGAACCAUCUACCAUCUACCACCACCACACCUCCUACAACCCCUACGUGAACCACCCUCACAAGAGGUCAGCCGAACCAUCUACCAUCUACCCUCACUACAACCGCCACCACACCCCUUACGUGCACCGACUUCAUAAGAGGUCUGCCGAAGCCAACCCCAGCUACCAUCACGCCUAUAACCCCUCCCAUUACCAUGGAGUCACUUCCGGUCAUGACUUCCAUUACCGCUACUGA